AUCAUCUCUGAAUCCAAUACUCAAAUGUGCAAAGAGAUCCUUUUUUUUUUUUCAGACUCUUCAGAGAAGACGAUGAAAUUGGCGUCGAGCUUGUUUCCUAAUCAAUGGCGUCUCUUAGCAUCAUCACCACAGCUUUAUCUACAAUCUUUCAUCUUCUCCGCAGCCUCCACUACAAAGUCUCCACCAACCUUGCGUCAAAGUCGGAAUCUUCAGACAGGUGUUUCUCCAGUCGUCACUUCAAGCUACUUGCCCACUUCCUACAUCACACAGAAGCAGAUUGAAACCCCUACCUCCCCGGAAAAGCAAGGGCCACCAGUGCAGGAGAGUUUGGGUGCUUUUCAAAAACUCCCCAUGGUGAUGCCAUCUAUUGAUUUGUACUCUUCUGCUCUCAGGAAGUCCAGAAGAGUCCAACCAACUAAAGGUAUAGCUAAUAUAGCAAAAAGAGAAAGAAAUAGAGGUGCUAAACAGCUUGAUGCGUUCAUGAAAGAACUGGCUUUACCUUUAAAAGGAUACAUGGAGAGUUUUCCGAGGAGGAGACUCUUGCAUCCUUAUGAGCGCUCUCUUAUUGAGUUGACUCUUGGUGAUGGAAAGUACGAGGAGGUGUUGGGAAAAGUUGAUGCUCUGAGGAAGAAGGUGUUGUCUGUUGGAAAGGAACAUGCUUCUCUCUGUGCUAAGGCAUUAUCAAAGCGAGAAGCAGAGGAUCGGUUGAACGAAGGUGUGGAGAAGCUUGAAUUGGUUUUCCAGCAAGAAGGAAGAGCUGUUGAUGAUUUGUUAAGCAUAGCAAAGGUUUUGAGGGCUAUGCCAGUUGUUGACUUGGAAAUGCCAACCCUUUGCCUUGUCGGAGCCCCAAACGUUGGAAAAUCAUCAUUGGUCCGCAUUCUUUCAACAGGGAAGCCUGAGAUUUGCAAUUAUCCUUUCACCACCAGAGGGAUUCUGAUGGGCCAUGUCAUUUUGAACUACCAACGAUUUCAGGUGACAGACACCCCUGGGCUUCUCAGGAGAUGUGAUGAGGAUAGGAAUAAUCUAGAGAAGCUAACUCUUGCUGUACUCACUCAUCUUCCAACCGCGGUUCUAUAUGUUCAUGAUCUAACUGGAGAGUGCGGGACUUCACCUUCUGAUCAGUAUAGAAUAUAUAAAGAAAUAAAAGAAAGGUUUAAGGAUUACCUGUGGAUUGAUGUUGUUUCCAAAUGUGAUCUGCUUGGCGGAGGCUCUCCAGUGAUUUAUGCCAAAGAAGAUAUAAGUAAUGAUGAAGCAGAAAUCAUCAAGUACAGGGAAACAGGGCCUGAUGAAUCAUUUCAUGUCUCAGUGAAAACAGAACAAGGUCUCAGUGAGUUAAAGAGGAGAGUAAAGGAAGUACUGAGUAAUGAGAUGGAGAAGAUCAAAAGUGGAGUGAGAGUUGAUCCAAGUGUUGCUAGUUCUUUAGAUUAGAUAGAGGUAUUGCCUUUUUUACUUAAAUCCUCUUUGUUACUUGUGAUGAUGUAUCUUCUGGAAAAGCAUCAAUUGUUAUUUUAUUAAUAAUAAAAUUAAAAAGGUUAUACAUUA